AUGUUGGAAUCCUUCUGUGCCCUUCCCAGACAUUUUGAUGUGCCCUUACCACCCAUCACCACCUCCGCGAAACCGCAGAGAGAACCUGGCAAACCAUUUGAUGACUGGAGAAGCUUUAUGCCAAGAAAGUCUUUCCAUUUAUCUCGUGUCUCCAGUUGGAGUUUUGCUGGACUAUCAGGAAUGUUUCAAGAAAGUUUUCCUAAACCCUUAAUGAAAAAAGAGCAACAAAAAACUCAACCAGAAUCAGAGCCAGGAAAGAGAUUCUGCUUUAGAGAUCUGUACACCCAGCCAGGAGCAGGGCGAGCAGUGACCCCACCUGUAGCCUGGAUCUCUGAAUGUGGCUGGUGUCCAACACUGAAUAAAACUGACAAAUUGGAGAGUAAAGUUAAAAGAAUUGGACCACACAUAGAAAUCUUCCAAGUGUUCAAAGGAAGAAAAAAAAUCAAAAUUACCAAAAAUGUAGUUCAAAUGAUUACUAAUCUACAAGCACAUAUCAGGGGGUGGCUUGAACGCAAAAGACUUCAAAGACUAAUGACCAAGGCUUUGUAUCAUGGACCAAAUUUGAAAGCAGUUAUAGCCAUGUAUCUGGGACUAAUCUAUCGUGUUAAAUAUCGACUCGGGCUUUGGAAAACAAGACAAAUUAUAAACCUUGCAGAACUAGAGGAGUGGAUGGACAGAAAAAAGUUCUAUGAAACAAUGUUUGCCAAGAGAGAAGAUUGGCAAGGAUUAGACAGAAGCGAGCUCCUUAAGUACUGCAAUGACUGCGGUCACUUUCCAACCCAGAAGCAGAUUGACCGCUACUGGGACAUGACCAGUGGAGACGGACAGCAGCAGUAUUCUGAGGUGAUCAAAAAGUUUCAGGCAAUUGAAAUGAUAUUUACAUUGUAUCCUCCUCGUGGUGCUCAUAUAGUCAAUAACAUUCUUAUCAAGUCAACCUGGCUGAGACCCAUAAUCAAUGGAGAAGAAGGAUAUAAAUAUAUUGUGAGUGGACAUCCAUUACUCAAAAGAGCUAAGAUCCGGAUUGUUGGGGACUUGGUGGCCAGAUCCAUAAGAGAGAGGAAAAUGAGGAAAAUAUAAAGCAUGAGGAGUUGAAUAAGGUUUUCAAUGCAAUAUUUUACUUUUAAUAGUUGAAUCUGUCUAUCCCAGAAGACUGAAUACUAGUGACCAUAGAUUAAUUUAGU